CUGGCUUCGACUACAGCCAUCAAUGCUCCGACGAAUACGCCAAGUGCCCUGCGAGAACUCUACCAGCAGCUUUGGCUACUGCGGGACAAAGCAUCAAGCUAUGUGGACCUCUCGCGUCUACAGCUUGCCAUUCGAAGUUUAGAGUCUGACGAUCCUGUCAUCCGUGUAGCCUUCCUGGGUUUAGGAUCAUUAGGCGCAAAGGCAGCUCGAAAGUUGGCACGAGUGCUUCUAGCAGACGCGUUGAGCGACGAGGAGGCGUGGGAGAAAGAGCUUGUGGAAGUAGAGGAUGAGCGGAGUGUGCUCAUUAAGUAUGGCGAGACACUGCAAGAUACUGGAGUGCAGUCCACAAGCAAUCCCCUUGUGAGAGAGCUGCUCAUACCUAGUCCUAUGCUCAAGAGGUGGAAUGUCGAGAUUCUCGUCACCGGCAUGAAUACCAGUGGACUGUCUGGAAGCGGUGACAGUGUCAGGGAGCUUGAACAUAGCAUGAUCGUGCCAGCCUUGACUAUCCCGAACGCAGGAAGAGUUGGGUUCGUGAGAUAUCCUGUCCACAGAGCGGUCGUGGUCGCAGAAGGCGUGACUGGAGCUGUGCAUUUCGGCAGACUGCCAGCGUCAUUGACAAAUGGCACACAAAUGUCGGCUGCGCUCAGUCUGCCUCUGCGGCAGGAUUGGCCUCCGCAGACUGAGGUCGACGCGCAUGAGGUCGAUGUUGCACUUGCGGAACAUGCCUUGGCACUAUUUCGGACCAACAAAGCCAACGGUGCCAUCUUCAGCUCGGAAUGGCAGACAUCCAGGGUUGGUAAUGUUGGUAGCUGGAUCGCUGCCUCGGGAAGAACGGAUGGCCCAGACCUUUUGAAGCCUGCGGUUAAAGACCUGUUAACAUCGAUUCUGGGUCGCGCUGAGCUCUCUAUCACGAAUGCUUCUUCUGCUGCGGAAGCAUCAUCUACCAGUCUCACUGUUCCCGAUGCAAAACGACAGACACUUCUUUCGGCAAUUUCAUCGUGGUCGGAAGAAGCGCAUCGCGACUUGCAGAUGAAUCUCUCGGCAGCAUUGCUGUCACCCACGUGGCGGCGUACAACAUGGUGGCGUCUUUUCUACCGUAUCGACGAAGUCUCUAUUUCUGCCUCCGACGUUCUGCGGCGCGGCUGGCUUGCUGAAGCCGAGCAAAACCUUGCUUUUCUAUCAGGGCGCGUACUAGAAGCUGGUCUUGCCAACGCGCCAUCGCAGAAGAUUGAAACUGUGGCAGAGCUGCUGCAGGUCCCGCCAUUGCUCAGCAAGAUCAAGGAAAACACUGGAUUGAACGCUUUGUUCGACCCACCCUGGCCGCAGACAAUCCAAUUUGCAAGACAGCAGAUGUUGCACCAGCUCGUGCCGGCAAUGCAUCGGGAAGCACAAAAGCUGAUGUUGGCAAGUUUGAGCACCAUCGGGGGUACCGGCGCUCUUGGCGCAUGGCUGUGGGUCGCAAGUGGAGGUGUAGCACUGUAUGAAGGUGGAGCAAUCGCAGCACUGGGCUUAGUAUGGGCACUCAGAAGACUGCAGAAGAAGUGGACCAAGGAAAGAGAUGACUUUGUGGAGACAGCGCGUGAAGACGCUCGACGUGUGCUAAGAGACGUCGAGAGUAGGCUAGGGGCUCUGGUCCGCGAAGGUGGCCGGGUCGUGGUUCGUGAAGAGGAUAAGAAGGAGUGGCAAGAAGCCGGUCAGGCCGUGCAAGAUGUACGGAAGGCUCUUGACGAGGUG